ACUCCCUUCCGCGACGGGGAGACAAUGAGCUAGAGCGCCGCCACAGCCACCGGCUAUCCGCAGAUCGUCUGCAACAAACGCCGGCGACUGAGUCUGCCGUUGAACCGCUACACCUCGCCGCCGCUUAUGGAUCCAAGAUCGCCUGCCCUCUGUGGUCUCUCGGCUCUCUUCCCCUUGUCACGGAGGGUCGCACAUAAGGUGAUCGACGAAAUGCCGCCGUCGGGACUUCUGCCUUGUCGAGUCGUGUCCGCGGGAGCAGCGGCGAUGGAGAAGCCGCUGCCCCUGAUGGGAUCAUGGUCGAGACUGCUGCACGGCGGCCGCGGCGGCGGCCAGGAGAAGGAAGGGGAGGAGUUCCCGUACGCCGACGUGCCGCGGCCUGGGAGGAAGUGGGAGCGGAAGCCGUACGUGACGCCGAUGAAGGUCCUCAUCCGGCGGGCCAAGGAGGAGCGGCGGGCGCGGCGGGAGAACCCGUGCCGCGUGCUGGAGCAGCCGCCGGAGAACGGCCUCCUCGUCCCGCACUUCGUCGGCGUCGCGCACCAGGUGCACGGCGCGUGGGAGAGCCUCCUCCGCGGGCUCACAAGGCUCGUCGAGGGCGGCGACGCGGCCGUCCCCGUGAGGCGGUGCAGGUUCUGCCCGGAGGUGCACGUCGGCGGCGCCGGGCACGAGAUCCGGACGUGCGAUGGAGCCGGCAGCGCCGCGAGGAACGCGCUGCACGUGUGGCGGCCGGGGACGGUGCGGGACGUCGUCGGCUUCCCCUACUGCUACCACCUGUUCGACCGCGUCGGCAAGCCCAGGGUGUCGCACAAGGAGAAGUACGACGUCCCGAGGCUCCCGGCGAUCCUCGAGCUCUGCAUCCAGGCCGGCGUCGACAUCGACCGCUACCCGACCAAGCGGCGGACACGGCCGGUAUACUCCAUCGAAGGGAGAAUCGUCGACUUUGAGCCGGACGACGAAGAAGACGCCGCCGACUCCCCUGCACCGUCGUCGCCGUCGUGUUCGUCCUCGCUGCCGUCUCAAGCAGCGGCAACGAGUGCUCCCCCCGCCGGCGAUGAAGCUACCCAGACGGAGGAAGAGGAGGAGGCGACGACGGUGGGCGAGCUGGCGGGCCGGACGUUGCAGGCGUGGCUGGACAUGCGCGGCGGCGCGGCGAGGCUGAUGCGCAAGUACGGCGUGGUGACGUGCGGCUACUGCCCGGAGGUGCAGGUCGGGCCCAAGGGGCACAAGGUGCGGAUGUGCAAGGGCAGCAAGCACCAGCAGCGGGACGGCCAGCACGCGUGGCAGGAGGCCACCGUCGACGACCUGGUCCGGCCCAACUACGUCUGGCACGCCCCCGCCGGCCACGACGGCGACGGCAACGGCGACCCGCUCGCCAACGAGCUGAAGAGGUACUACGGCAAGGCGCCCGCCGUGGUGGAGCUGUGCGUGCGCGCCGGCGCGGCCGUGCCGGCGGAGUACAGGAGCAUGAUGCGGCUCGACGUCGUGCCGCCGGCGCGCGACGAGCACGACCUCGUCGCCUAGAGGACGACGCCGUGCCGGGUGCCCAGCUCCCGCUUGGGAGCACCUGACCGGGCUGCAACUUUUGCUGCAACCUGAGGAGAUCUUCACUGCAACGGCAGAAAAAAGAUGCAUUCUUUCAAAUUAUGGAAUAUUUUGGAAGGGGCCAAUAAUGUUUUUUUUAAGUUGCUGGAGCACGCAAAUUAUCUUUCAAAGGUCUUUUACUCUGGUUGGAGCUGCUAAAAGGGGCAAUAAGAUAUUUUACAAUAUUGGAGACUGGCUUAAAAAUAAGUAAAAAUAAACAAA